UCUAUCUCUAUGGAUCAAGCACACAGCGCGCAACUUUUGACGGUCUAGUGGUUUAUCAAGGAAGCAACUCAUCUAGUUGGAGACGUGGCUCUGCCCGGCUGCCAUAUUGAACACUAGCAACACACAGCUUAACUAGCAAUUCAACUAUAUUUUCUUUGUAACGGCGCUUUAGAAACACUGGAACUCGACUGAGCAAACACCAUCGGGGAUUCAAGAUCGUUUUCCUAAAGAGAAACUAAAAAUGGUGCUUUUGGCAGCGGCGGUGUGCACCAAGGCAGGCAAAGCAAUCGUGUCACGGCAGUUUGUAGAGAUGACCCGGACGCGUGUCGAGGGCCUUCUGGCCGCCUUCCCCAAGCUCAUGGGCAUGGGCAAGCAGCACACGUUUGUGGAGACGGAGAGCGUGCGCUACGUCUACCAGCCGUUGGAGAAGCUCUACAUGGUGCUGGUCACCACCAAGAACAGCAACAUCCUGGAAGAUCUGGAGACGCUGCGGCUCUUCUCACGCGUGAUCCCGGAGUACUGCCGUGUGCUGGAGGAAGGGGAGAUCUCAGACCACUGUUUUGACCUGAUAUUCGCCUUCGACGAGAUCGUGGCCCUGGGCUACAGGGAGAACGUCAACCUGGCCCAGAUCCGCACCUUCACCGAGAUGGACUCUCAUGAGGAGAAGGUGUUCCGGGCAGUCAGAGAGACCCAGGAGCGAGAGGCCAAGGCAGAGAUGCGGCGAAAGGCCAAAGAGCUGCAGCAGAUCAGGCGAGAUGCCGAGCGCUCUGGGAAGAAGGUGCCGGCCUUCGGCGGGUUUGGCAGCACCGGGAUGAGCAGCAUGUCCUCGGGGUCAAUCAUCACAGACACCAUCAUCGAAUCCGAGAAACCCAAGAUGGCUCCCGUCCCAGUCAGGCCAACCGGAUCUAGCAAAGCCCUCAAGCUGGGCGCCAGGGGGAAAGAGGUGGACAACUUUGUGGACAAGCUCAGGGGGGAAGGGGAAACCAUCAUGUCCAACACAGGGAAAAUGCCUUCGCUUGCAUCCAAUGUCCUACCGCCACCAGUUAAUGUGGAGAGUGUCCACAUGAGAGUUGAGGAGAAGAUCAGUCUGACCUGUGGACGUGACGGAGGUCUACAGAACAUGGAGCUCCUGGGCAUGAUCACGCUGAGAGUGACCGACGACAAGGUUGGCCGCAUCCGCCUGAUGGUCAACAACUACGACAAGAAGGGAGUACAACUGCAGACACAUCCCAAUGUGGAUAAGAAGCUCUUCACUUCAGACUCUGUGAUUGGUCUGAAGAACCCAGAGAAGUCUUUCCCCCUCAACAAUGAUGUGGGGGUGCUGAAGUGGAGACUCCAAAGCACAGAUGAGGCCCUCAUACCUCUAACCAUAAACUGCUGGCCUUCAGAGAGUGCUACUGGCUGCGACGUGAACAUUGAAUAUGAACUACAGGAGGAGAGCCUUGAACUCAACGAUGUAGUUAUUGCUAUCCCUAUACCGUCUGGAGUUGGGGCACCUGUGGUAGGAGAUGUGGAUGGAGAAUAUAAGCAUGACAGCAGACGGAACGUUCUAGAGUGGAGCCUACCCGUCAUAGAUGCCAAAAACAAAAGCGGCAGCCUCGAGUUCAGUAUCGCCGGGCAACCCAACGACUUUUUCCCUGUCAACGUGUCCUUCGUAUCCAUACGCAAUUACUGCGACAUACAGGUUGCCAAAGUGACUCACGUAGAAGGAGACGCACCAGUAAAAUUCUCUUUAGAAACUUCGUUCCUUGUCGACAAAUACGAGAUCCUGUAAAAAUCAAAAAUCUACGUCAAGCUCCGGAGAAGACAAAAUAAAUACUCGCCCGCCUGUGUAACAUUUGAGACUACACAUCAACUGGACUCAACUCUUCAAAAGCCCCUCCAACGGCGGAGCGCAGUAUUGGUGUAUUUAUGUUUGUAUGAGAGAGAGAAAUCUACUGUGUGUGUAAUAUAUAUAGAAAACAAAAUUUAACAGGCAGCGAAACAUGCUGUUGUCUGCCGAGGAGAGGCGGGAAGUCAAACCAUGACUAAAUUGGCAGCAGAGGGAGAUGGGUGGUGCUCUUGAUUAUGUGGUGGGGGGGAUGGUACUAGCUACAAACACGCAUCAGUGACGUGUUCGUUAGGACGCACAACAGGGAGAGAGAAAAUCCCACCCUUUUGCAACAAAAACGUAUCCUUUCUCAUUUGCGGAAAACUAAAGAGCCUUUUCUAAUUCUACAAGUCCAAGGUAGUCCCUCCCUGAUUCAGUCAGUUUCCUUCCGUUUGGUGCCUAAUCAACAUGACCCUGGUGGCUGAGCUGGUCAGUAUUCAGCUGGUUCAUCGCCCUACUUUUGAGGUUGAGAAAUUAGUCAUCCCCAACCCCAAAGAAUCAUGCAUCCUCUACCAGAGCCAUUUAGUCUUUUAUACAUUUAACAUUAAACAUUGGACCAGAUUUAAGAAAGCAGGACUAGCCAUGUAGUUAUGAUUAGAAACAUGAAAGACCACAUGUUCACCAGAAACCAAUUUUAAUGCCGCCUGUUUACCCACUAAAAGCAGGUUGUUGUUUUUUUUUCAUUGGAUUGGUUUAUCUCAAUAUGUAGCUUCAGGUGUUGGCUGUGGUAUUAAGAAACUUUAGAUUGAAAAGAGUAAGCAUCCAAUAUGGCUGCGUAGACCUGUCCAGCUAGUCCUCUAGCAGUUGACAUUAACCUGUUCUCUCAUUGUGUUUUAACUUAUCCCUUUGUGUUCUGUAGACAUACCUAGAAAUGCAGUAAACAUCAGCACUGUAAAUGGUUUUUGGCAUUUUCUUUCCCCCCCUUUCAAAAUUCUACUCAUCUCAAGGACGAACUGUUCAUCUCUUCCCAACAUAGGCAUAGUUAUUGAAAACCAGACAGAGACAACCCAUGAAAAGAACAGCCAAUUCACAAGGCUAACCACUGCAUUUGUGGCUAUAGGAGUUCUUGAAAAGUAACCAAUUGAAAGCUCAAUACUAUUUACAAACUUAUGUUGUUGAAAAGGGAGAUCCGAUCAGUAUACUGUGGUCCAUAUAAGUUCUGUCUUCUGCCUUCAGUCAUCAAACCAACAUCAAUAGAAGGAAUACUUUGGUCCUAUUGCAAGGAUGAUUCUGCUGCCAGUGACACCACCUCCCUCUCAUGACUCCAGUCAGUCAUUUACUCACACGAUGAGCGAAUGGUCUCUUUUAAAGUCCACUUCAUCAUAAGAACAACAUGUAGGGGUUUCAUUUUUGUUUUUAUGUUUUGUUUGUAUUCCUGGAAUUUCAAUGUGGUUGGUUGGAUAAUGGGUUUUGAAGAUGGCUAGAUGGGACAUUUAACUGUAAAGAGAGGGAAUCAUAACAUUCCACUAUUUGAUGAAAAAUAUCAUUAAUUGAUUAUUAAAGUGUAUUCAAUUUUCUGGUCA